ACGUUUCACACCAAAUCCGUUCCCUUUUAUAGGCCAGCUAUAGCUAGUUAUAAAGGCACACUGUUGAGAGUUGUGUAAGAGAGUGAAAAUGGGUGAGUGUAGAAUGCAGAAGAUGUUAGCUUUCUUGUCCCUUAUGCUUGUUACGCUUCCACCAAUAUAUGGUUGGGGAACUGAUGGCCAUUCCAUAAUUUGUAAAAUUGCUCAGACUCGGUUGAGCGAAGAAGCAGCAGAUGCCGUAAAGCAAUUGUUGCCAAAAUGGGCGGAAGAUGAUCUAGGGAGUGUGUGUUCAUGGGCGGAUCAAGUGAAGUUCCGUUACCGAUGGUCAUCACCUCUUCAUUUCAUUAAUACCCCUGAGGCUUGCUCUUACCAGUACAAAAGGGAUUGCAAAGAUGAAGAUGGAGAAGCAGGUAGGUGUGUAGCCGGGGCAAUUAACAAUUACACUUCUCAACUUCUCACCUACAAUUCUGCCGCAGAUAAAGCUGAGUGUAUGUUCUCCACUUACCCCUUUUCUUUUCUUUUUGCUGUAAACAUUUGGUUUUUGGUGACGGUUCAAAAACUCUCAGAUAACCUUACGGAAUCACUUCUUUUCCUUGUUCAUUUUAUGGGAGACAUCCAUCAGCCUUUGCACGUAGGGUUUGCAUCAGACAAAGGAGGCAACACAAUCGAUGUCCAUUGGUAUAAAACAAAGCAAGUUCUUCACCAUGUUUGGGACACCAAUAUAAUUGAGACAGCUGAAGAGAGAUUUUAUAAUUCAAAUGUAGAUGGCAUGGUUGAUGCAAUUCAACAGAACAUUACGAAUGAAUGGGCAGAUCAAGUUAAAAGAUGGGAGACCUGUAGUUUAAAUAAGACAGCAUGCCCUGAUAUAUAUGCAUCUGAAGGUAUCAAAGCAGCCUGUGAUUGGGCAUAUAAAGGUGUGAAAGAAGAGUCUGUACUUGAAGAUGAUUAUUUUGUGUCGCGAUUACCAAUUAUUUACUGGAGGUUAGCAGAAGGGGGCGUUCGAUUGGCAGCAACUCUCAAUCGUAUUUUUGGAUGAAAAAGUUGCCCAUAACCGAUACUUUUAAUAAAAAUUUAGCUUUUAAUUAUUUGAGCUGGGUUGGUUUGCUUAAUUACAGCCCUAUCAAACUACUACCAUAUUAUACAUAUAAUUAAUUCAAAAGUGACGAAUAUAAACAAAUAAAAUCAAAUAAUUCUAAAGAUGUUGGUAAUUA